AUGCGCCUGCUUUGGCGGCGGCUGCGCUUCCAGCUCGCUUUACGCCGCGUAGCUUCUCGGCCUAGCGUGGCAUUUCGCUCCCCCAUCGGCGCCCCGGAAAUCAUGGCCAAAUACGUGGAGCUGUGCACCAAAGCGAAGAUGCCCAUUCUGGGCCUGGGCACUUGGAAGUCCCCACCAGGGAAAGUUGCAGAGGCUGUGAAGAAAGCCAUUGACGUGGGGUAUCGCCACAUAGACUGUGCCUAUGUGUACCAAAACGAAGAUGAGGUUGGCAACGGAAUCCAGGAGAAAAUCAAGGCCGGGGUUGUAAAGCGUGAGGACCUUUUCAUUGUCAGUAAGUUGUGGUGCACAUUCCACGAGAAAGCCAUGGUGAAGGGUGCCUGUAAAGGAACUCUUAAGGCCUUGAAGCUGGAGUACCUAGACCUCUACCUUGUUCACUGGCCUGUGGGAUUCAAGGCUGGAGAGGACCUAUUCCCAUCUGAUGAAAAAGGCAUGAUAAUACCCAGUAACACGAAGUUUGAGGACACCUGGGAAGCAAUGGAGGAGCUGGUGGAUGCUGGAUUGGUGAAGGCUAUUGGAGUUUCCAAUUUCAACCGCGAUCAGCUCGAGAGAAUCUUGAACAAGCCCGGGUUGAAGUACAAGCCUGCAAAUAAUCAGAUUGAGUGCCACCCGUAUCUUACCCAGGAAAAACUGAUCAGCUACUGUCAGUCCAAAGGGAUCGCUGUCACAGCGUAUAGCCCCCUCGGCUCCCCUGACAGACCAUGGGCCAAGCCAGAGGAUCCCUCUCUCCUGGAUGACCCCAAGAUCAAAGAGAUAGCUGCUAAGCACAAUAAAACUGCAGCUCAGGUCCUGAUCCGCUUUCAUAUCCAAAGAAAUACCAUUGUGAUUCCCAAAUCUGUCACUCCUGCACGUAUUGAAGAAAACUUCAAGGUGUUUGACUUUGACUUGACUAAGCAGGAGCUGGAAACCAUUCUCAGUUUCAACAGGAACUGGAGAGUGUGUGCAUUUAGCACGUGUGCGAACCACAAGGAUUAUCCUUUCAAAACCGAAUAUUAAGUCUGGUCCUGAAACUUUUCAAAACAGAAAAUGUGGACUUUUUGUGUAGACUUCCUGGCAUGAAAAAUAAAUAAAUAAAUAAAUAAUCUGUCCUCUCCACACAUCUUCUAUAAACCUUUUCCAGCCUAGAUGCGAUAUGUUCUGAGCAGAGGUAUUUUAAAGAACAAAGCGAUGUGUCAUCUUUAUUUGGCAGAAUCAUCCUUGCCAAUACGAGCUGUUGGAAUUAUAGAGAGGUGAAUAGUAACAUCCAACUUUUGUACCACCACUUCUCCCCCGGUUUCCUCCCCUCAUCUGAAAAGACAGAAUAUGUUAACACUUUUUAUGGGAGACACAAGUUCUAAUGCCUUUUGUGUUUUAAAACUGUGUUGUUGUUUUCUGGACACACCUUUGCCUUGGCACCACACUGGGAGCUUCUAAGUUAUAGGUUUGUGUGCAGUCUGUUCGUUGCUACAUGGGUAGCUCUCUCUAAAGGAUUUGAAGUGUUUUCUUCUUACAGUAUUGCUUCUAAUAAAAUUGCCUGGUUACUAUAA